CUAUAGAUACGGCUCAUGGCGCAGCCGGAAGCUGGGCUUUCUUCCAGCGGAAGUGAACCCGGUUGCCUAGGAGACGGCGGUGACGGCCGCGGGGGAAGCCUGGAGCCGAGACCCAGGGAGUUGGGAGCCACCGCUGCCCGAAUGGAGGGGCCGGGUCUGCGGCUCUUGCCGCCCGAGCCCCGGGAUCGCGGCUCGCAGCGCUGCCGCCUGGGGCCCAGGGCUCUGGCGGUGCUGGGCGUGCGGCUGGGCGGCCCGCUGCGGGUGUGUGUAGCCGGCGGCCUGGCCCUCUGCUCCGCCUGGCCCCGAGCCGACCUCGCCGACGGCUUCAUGCAGCUGGAUGCCAAGUGCGCCAGCCCGGGCUUCCCGGAGCGCGGGGCCCAGGGCCUCAGCCUGGGCCUCGGGCAACUGCAGGCCGUGGGCUGCAGCAGGGCCCGGCGCGUGUGCGUGCGGGCCGUGGUGGCGGAGCCCGGCGGCGCCGAGCCCCCGGCCCAGCUGGUCCGCGCUCUGCUGAAGGGCGUCUACCUGAGCGCGGGGCUGGUGGUGCGGGUGUCGGGCCCCGAGGCCUCGGCCUGGCCCGGCGCCCUGCGGCUGCUCGAGGUGCGCUGGCUGGACCCUCCGGCCGCCGGAGCCGCGCUGCUGGCGGCCGGGGCCGAAGUGCAGGUGGCCGAGGUGCUGAGCCUGGAGAGGUACCGGGCGGAAAUCCGGGGCCCGGCCGAGGCCUCGGCGCCGGGACCCGAGCCUGCUCUCACCUCGCUGAGGGAGGCGCUGGCCUGGCCGCUUCUCUACCCCGAGGCCUCGGCGCGCCUGGGCCUGGACUGCCCGCGAGGAGUGCUGCUCAUCGGGCCGCCGGGCGUGGGCAAGUCGCGGCUGCUGCGCUGCCUGGCCCGGGAGCUGGGCGCCUCGGUGCUGGAGGCCUCGGCCUCGGCGCUGCUCGGGCCGCGGCCCGGGGACAGCGAGCUCCGCCUCCGCCGCCUCGUCGGCCAGGCCGGGGCCGAGGCCAAGCGCCGGCCUUGCCUCCUCUUCGUCGAUCAGCUGGACGCCGCGUUUCCCCGGAGAACGGGCAGGAACCAGGGCGCCGAGCACAGGCUUCUAGCUCAGCUCCUCGGCCUGCUCGACAACCCGGAGCGCCGGCGCUGGGUGCUGGUGGGCGCCACCGACAGGCCCGAGGCCUUGGACCCCGCCUUGCGGAGGCCGGGGCGGUUUGACCGAGAGGUUGUGAUCGGCGUGCCGACCAUGUUACAGCGCAGAGCCAUUCUUGGAGCAGUCACCACCCUGAUGCCCGUCAGCGCCCAAGUCUGUGUGUCCUGGCUAGCAGAAGCAACGGGUGGCUACGUUGGUGCUGACCUGACGGCCCUGUGUCGAGAGGCUGCUCUGCAGGUCAUCCGGCGCGCUUCCCAGUCCCAGCAGGACUCAGUGAAGCAGCAGAUAACCCUUGCAGAUUUCCAGGAGGCGCUGAAGGUCAUAUACCCUUCCUCUCUCCGGAGCAGUAUCGGCCUGACUGAUUUCAGACCUGUGCACUGGGACCAGAUCGGAGGCCUGGAUGAAGUCAAACUGAAACUAAGGCAGAGCGUUGAGUGGCCUUUGAGAUACCCGGAAGCCUUUGUGAGGAUGGGGGUGAAGCCUUGUCGGGGUAUCCUCCUGUACGGACCACCAGGCUGUGCGAAGACCACGUUGGUGAAGGCGUCUGCUUCCAGCUGCCGGUGCUCCUUGCUGUCGGUCAGCGGGGCGGAACUCUUCUCCCCCUUCGUGGGGGAUUCUGAAAAGGCAUUGGCUGAGGUGUUCCGCCAGGCUCGAGCUGCGUCUCCCUCAAUCCUGUUUCUCGAUGAGAUUGACUCGAUAGUUGGGUCCCGGUCAGGUGAUGCUGCCAGUGGCCACAGUGCUGGACAGCGAGUCCUGUCUGUGCUUCUGAAUGAGAUGGACGGUAUUGGACACCCACUGUCUGAGGGAAGAGGUACCAGGAGCAUCCCGCCCGUUUGCGAAGCGGGUCAGGCUGAGGAGCAUGAGAGGAAGGUGGUGCAGGACGUGAGUCGCUCACUGCAGGGUACACGCUCUCUGAGCCACUCUGUACCACAGGGGUGAUGUGUUUGAUUGGACAGUUACUGCUGAUUGUGGCUAGAGAGAGCGUGUUACGGGAGGUGGUCUGCAGGCUCCAUGCAGGCACGGACUCUUCAUCUGAGGCACUGUACAGGAAAAUAAACCUUGUACAAUUCUGCCAGCGAGCUCCCCUCCUCUCACCUCCGUCGAAAGUUCAGAGUAAAUUCAUUAUUAAACCACAGAUGUGUCACCAUACAGAAUCCUGAGAUUCCUCUUCUGUGGGCAUUCACAGUAAAUACAGACACGCAAUAGAAAUAACAAGAAGACAGACAAACUACCACUGUGCAAAAGACAACAGCACAAAAAGAGAGAAUGUAUAAUAAAUGUAUCAGCAAAAAUUUCAAGAACAUGAGAGGAAGAGUCCUUGAAAGUGUUAUGGGAACAGUUCAGUGCUGGCUUGAGUGAAGUUAUCCACACUGGCUGAGGGGUAAUAGGUAGGAGUGAAGUUAUCCAUUCUGGUUGAGGGGUAAUAACAGGUGCAAGGAGGAAGGAGCUGAGGAGAGUUAAGCCGAGGACACUGCCUUGAGGAGCCCCCUGCACUGGUGUUUGGGUCCAUCAGUAACUGCAACCGACACACCCAAAAUGCUGGUGGAACGCAGCAGUCCUGGCGAAGGGUUUCGGCCUGAAACGUUGACUGUACCUCUUCCUAUAGAUGCUGCCUGGCCUGCUGCGUUCACCAGCAUUUUGUGUGUGUUGCUUGAAUUUCCAGCAUCUGCAGGUUUCCUCGUGUUUGAGCAACUAGAGCCAUCUUCCUCUGUGCUACAACCUCUGGAGGCUCUCCCUUUGUGUCCAUGCCUUCCUGAUGUCGAGACUCAUUUCUGGAGCUCAUCUAUUGGGUGACAUGGUAGUGUAGCGGUUGGCGUAAUGCUUAAUAGCGCCUGCGGCCCCAGUUUGACUCCCACCACUGUCUAAGGAUUUUGGACGUUCUGCCUGUGACUGCGUGCGUCUGUGUUGGGUUCUCCAGUUUCCUCCCACAGUCCAAACGUGUACGGGUAGUAGGUUACUCUGGUCACACGGCUAUACCAGCUCGUCAAGCUGCAAGAACCAGUUCCUGUGCUGGAUCUUAAACAUAGAGGUGAGCUUUAUUUAUCACGUACAUCAAAACGUACGAUGACACCUGGGAGGACACUGGAUGCUGGGGUGGGGGCCUCUGUCGGUGCCAGGACGGUCUGAGGAUGUGCUGGGCGAGGCCUGCAAGUUUCACCAUGCCUGUGGAGCUAGCAGAGUGUGCCCACAACUGACCCUCACCCAUACAUCUGUGGAAUACGAGAGGAAACCUGCAUAGUCACAGUUAGAAUGUACAAACGUCUUAGCAACUGUGGCGGAAAUCAAACUCCUUGGUGGGCCAGUGAUGAGGUUUAGAGGAGAGUGCUGCUGACAGAUUCAUACAGGCUAUCAGUGGGGUGAGUCAUUUGUAAUCUGAGAGUAUUGCCUGGAGAGGGACCCCUCGCUUUGUGGCUGAGCUGGAGUAUCUGGGCUGCCUUGUCUUGUUUUCUGCAGGAACGGUAUACCUGGCAAUGUUUCCUGUUGGGUAGGUGCCAGGGCUAUUGGACAGUGGCAGGUUGUCCGGAGGUGUGGCUAGUUCUGCAACACCGAGCUCAGUGUCACAGUGUCUGAUUUCACCGGGCCAGGACAGCUCCUGCUGCCAGUAGACGGGAUGUAUAAUGGGUGUCGUAGACGAUAUAAAGAUUGGUAGCAUUGUGAAUAAUCUAGCAGAUUGCGUAUAGAUUGGGUUGAGAAAUGACAGAUGGCCAAAUGACUGUCGCCGAGUGUGAGAUGUUGAGAUCAAAGGAACAAUAUACUGUUAAACAACACACACAAAAUGCUAGAGCAACUCAGCAUCUAUGGAAAGGAGUAAAGCAGGACACUCUAGGGGACUGGAAAGGAAGGGGGCAGACUCCAGAAGAAGGUGUUAUACUAUUGAUCUGCAGGGCAAUCCAUAGCCCCCUGUAAGUGGCCUACCUGCCAGCUAAUAACCGUGCAUCGCAUGUUUGCCUUUAUAAGUCAAGGAAGUGAGUUCAGGAGUUGGGAAAGUUUUAUAAAACUCUAGUUAUACUGCUUCCAUAAGACCAUGAGACAUAUGAGCAGAAUUAGGUCAUUCUGACCAUCAUGGCUAAUCCCAGAUCCCAUUCAAGCCCAUACCUCUGCCUUCUCGCUAUAACCUUUGAUGCCCUGGCUGAUCAGAAAACGAUCAACUUCCACCUUAAAUAUACCCACGGACCUCGACGCUACUACAGUCUGUGGGAGAGCAUUCCACAGAUUCACUACUCUCUUGCUAAAAAAAUUCCUCCUUACCUCUGUUUUAAUAGGUUGUCCCUCAAAUCUGAGACUGUGCCCUCUAGUUCUACAUCCCCCCACCAUAGGAAGCAUCCACUCCACAUCAAACCUGAUCUAGUCCUUUCAACAUUCAGUAGGUUUCACUGAGAUCCCCCCACAUUCUUCUAAAUUCCAGUGAGUACAGGCCUAAAGCUGCCAAACACUUCUCAUAUGUUAAUCCCUUGAUUCCCGGAAUCAUCCUCAUGAACCUCCUCCGGACUCUCUCCAAUGACAACACAUCCUUUCUGAGAUAUGGGGCCCAAAACUGUUGACAAUACUCCAAGUGCAGCCUGACUAGUGUCUUAUAAAGGCUCAGCAUUAUCUCCUUGUUUUUAUAUUCUAUUCCCCUUGAAAUAAAUGCCAACAUUGCAUUUGCCGCUUUUAGCACAGACUCAACCUGUAAAUUAACCUUCUGGGAGUCUUGCAUAAUGACUCCUAAGUCCCUCUGCACCUCUGAUGUUUGAACCUUCUCCCCAUUUAGAUAAUAGUCCACACUAUUGUUCCUUUUACCAAAAUGCAUUAUCUUACAUUUCCCAAAACUGUAUUCCAUCUGCCACUUUUUUGUCCAUUCUUCCAAUUUGUCUAAGUCCUGCUGCAAUCGCAUUGCUUCCUCAGCAGUACCUAUCCCUCCACCUAUCUUCGUAUCAUCUUCAAACUUUGCCACAAAGCCAUCAAUUCCAUUAUCUCGAUCAUUGACAAACAAUGUGAAAAGUAGCAGUCACAAUACUGACCCCUGAGGAACACCACUAGUCACUGCAGCCAACCAGAAAAGGCCCCUUUUAUUCCCAUUCACUGCCUCUUGCCUGUCAGCUAUUCCUUCAAUCAUGCCAGUAUCUUUCCUGUAAUGCCACAGAAUUUUAGUCUCCAAGUCCCUCCAAACCUCUUCCUUAAUAAUAGACUCCAACACUUUCCCAACCACUGAGGUUAGGCUAACUGGUCUAUAAUUUCCUUUCUUUUGCCUCCUUCCCUUAAAGAAUGGAGUGCCAUUUAUAAUCUUCCAGUUCUCAGGGACCAUGUCAGAAUCAAAUGAUUCUCGAAAGACCAAUGCAUUCAUUAUCCCUUCAGCAACCUCUCUCAGGGAUGUAGUCCAUCUGGUUCAGGUAACUUAUCCACAAGAAGAUAAACCUUUGAGUUUGCCUAGUAUUUUUUCCUUUGGAACAGCAAUGGCACUCACUCCUGCUCCCUGACGCUCACAGACCACUGGCACACUGCCAGUGUCUUCCACAGUGAAGACUGAUAGAAAGUACCCAUUAAGUUCAUCUGCCAUAUCUUUGUCCCCAUUACUACCACACCAGAACCAUUUUCCAGUGGUUCAAUAUCAACUCUCACCUCUCUUUUACUCUUUAUAUAACUGAAGAAUUUUUUAGUAUCCUGCUUUAUAUUAUUGGCUAGUUUACCCUCAUAUUUCAUCUUUUCCCUUCUUAUAGCUUUUUUAGUUGCCUUUUGUUGGAUUUUAAAAGCUUCCCAAUCAUCCAACUUCCCACUCACUUCUGCUACCGUAUGUGCCCUUUCCUUGGCUUUUAUGCAGUCCUUAACUUCUUUUAUCAGCCAUGGUUGCCUACCCCUGCCAUUUGAGAACUUCUUCCUCUGUUGGACAUGUCUAUCCUGUGCCUUGUGAACUAAUCCCAGCUAUCUCUGCUCUGCCAUCAUCCCCGCCAGUAUCCCUCUCCAAUCCACCUGGCUAAGCUCCUCUCUCAUGCCUCUGUAAUUCCCUUUAUUCCAUGGCAAUACAGACACUUGUGACUUCUGCUUCUCCCUCUCAAACUGCGGUACGAAUUCAAUCAUAUUAUCAUCACUGCCUCUUCAGGGUUCCUUUACAUUAAGCUUCUGGAAUAUUGCCUAGAGUUCUGGUCAUCCCAUUGUAGAAAGGAUGUGGAGGCUUUAAAGAGGGUGCCAAAGAGAAUGACCAGGAUGCUAGAUGGAUUAAAGGGCAUGAGCUAUAAGGAGACUUUAGACAAACUUGGGUUGUUUUCUCUGGAGUGGCAGAGAUUGAUCGGAGAUCUCUUAGAGGUUUAUGAGAUUGGGAGGCAUAGAUGUAGAGUAGACAGACAGUAAGUACCACAGGACUUGCAUUGAA